UACCAAAAAAAAAAGAAAAAAAAGCUUCCACAACAAUCCAAUGAGUUCCAUCGUCGCCUCCUUUAAAACCGCGAAGCCUCCCUCGUCCCUGACCAUUCCAAUUUCUAUACCACUCUAAUCUUAAUUCCGAAAUAUCUACCCCUCUCUUAUCUCUCUUUGUCGAAGUGAGAUGGCGGCGGAGUCGGAGAGCGAGGUGGGGAACGCGGAGCAGCGGGUGAGGGAGGCGGAGGCGGAGGCGGCGGGGGGCGGGGGGAGGCCGAGAUUCCACCCGAUCGUCGUCGGCGUGAUGCGCCCGCCGCCGCCCCGGGACCGGGGGCCGGCGCCGCCGGAGGGGGCGGCGGACCGGAUCGUGCUGGUGAACCCGCUGACGCAGGGGAUGGUGGUGCUCCAGGGGAACCCGGAGCUGGUGGCGGAGCUCCUCUCUGGGAGGGAGGACGGCGGCUCGCCGCCGGCGUCGAGGGCGUCGAUCGAGGCGAUGAAGACGGUGGAGGUCGGGCAGGAGGAGGAGGAGUGCCCGGUGUGCCUGGACGAGCUCGCGGGAGCUGAGGCGGUGGUGGUGAAGGAGAUGCCGUGCCGGCAUAGGUUUCAUGGGCUGUGCAUCGAGAAGUGGCUGGGGAUGCACGGGUCGUGCCCCGUGUGCCGGUUCCGGAUGCCGGCGGAGGAGGAGGGAGGCUCGAAGAAAGGCGGCGGCGGCGGCGGCGGCGGAGAAGAGGGGGAGGCGAACGGAGACAGGAGGAGGAGGAGGGAGGUAUGGGUUACGAUCAGUUUCAGGCGUGGGGAGAGCAGAGAUCGGCAUCAGGUCGAAGCGGGCGAUGCUGUUGAUAUGGAGGCAGAUUGAUGGAGUCUGAGUUUUGCCCUUUUCUUUUCUUUUCUUUUCUUUUUCUUUAUUUUAGAUUUUUUUGUAAAGGGGUUUUUCUCCUUUUGUUCGUGGAGACAGAUGAUGAUAAUGAUGAUAUAUGAAGCAAGCGAGGAUGGUUAGCAUAUACUUUUAUCUUUCA